AUGACAUCGACAAGUGUAAAUACUGAGUUUGAACCAUGUUCGAUAACCAUCAAUGGAAUUGCAAUGGAGACUUUAUCAACUCCUCAAGAACUGCUUCUGAUCGACGAUAGUGAACCACAAUCCGAAAAUGAUGAUGAACAAGAAGUGAAAUAUCCUGAAGGUGGAUUACGAGCUUAUAGUGUAGUCUUUGGUUCAUUCAUUGGAUUAAUGGCAACUUUUGGUACAUUGAAUUCAGUUGGGGCCAUUCAAGCAUAUAUCGCUACCCAUCAAUUAUCUGAUGUGAAAACAUCCACUAUAUCAUGGAUAUUUUCAAUUUAUACAGCAAUUUCAUUUGCAAAUUGCAUGGUAGUUGGUCCAUUAUUUGAUGUUAAGGGAGCUUUAUUACCUAUGAUGAUUGGUACUUUAAUGAUAUCAGGUGGGUUUAUGGCAGUAGCCAAUUGCACCACCGUGCCACAAUUCAUAUUGGCAUUGGCAAUAUGUGUAGGAUUAGGCAAUUCAUUGAAUAUAACUCCAUUGAUUGGUGUCUUGAGUCACUGGUUUAAUUUAAAGCGUGGAAGAGCUAUUGGAAUGGCUACUAUUGGUGGAUCUGUUGGUGGUAUUAUUGUUCCUUUGAUGUUAAGAUCAUUGUAUACAAAAGUUGGGUUUAUUUGGGCAAUCAGGAUAUUGGGGUUUUUCUGUUUAGCUUGUAAUGGCAUUGCCAUAUUAUUGUGUCGAUCGAGAAUUUGUCAAGAAUCUGAUGCUGUAACUGCUAAGAAUCAAUUAUGGACAAAUUUGGUGCAAAUUAAAGAUCAGUUUGAAUUUAGUGCUCUUUUGGACCCUAAAUAUUCCUUUUGUAUCAUUGGUACUUUUUUCACAGAAAUUUCCUUAUUAUCAAUGUUGACGUAUUUGGCCACAUAUGCAAUUGCCCAAGGUAUGUCGGAAUCUCAAUCAUAUAUAUUGUUGACCGUUUUCAAUACUACUGGUGUGUUGGGGAGAUUGGUUCCUGGUAUCUUAUCUGACAAAUUCGGUCAUUUCAAUAUUAUGAUUGCAAUGCUUAUUGGUUUCACUUUAUCCAUGUUGAUUCUUUGGCUUCCAUUUGGAUCUAACAUUGGUGCUCUUUAUGCAUUUGCUGCUAUUUCUGGAUUUUUCAGCUCCUCAAUAUUAAGUUUAACUCCGGUGUGUUUAGGAAGUAUUACGCCGGUACAGAAAUUUGGCCAGAGGUAUGGAUUAUUGUAUUUUUUUGUUAGUUUGGGCAACUUAUUUGGUAUCCCAGUGAGUGCUGCCAUUAUUGGCAAUGGUUCUAAACAUCUGUACGAUAUGUUUGCCGUUUAUUGUUGUGUAUUUGGUGUUGUAGGCACUUGUUGCUGGUUUAUCAGUCGAUUCUACAUAGUUGGAUUAAAAUUGAAUGUAAGAGUAUAA